CUAAUUUACAGAAACAGGCCAGUGCGCGUGGGCAUCACGAUGGCCGAAGAAGCCUUGUUUGUCAGUGAUUACGAUGGUCCAUGUCCUCUGUGUGAAGAAGAUGAGCAGAUAGGGUAUUGCAGAUACAGAAACACAGAGCAAGAGAAUGAGAGCGAAAUAAAAAAUGAUGCAGAAGAGGUGGAAGACGAGGAGUCACAGAGGGACUCUGAGGUGAAACCAGAGGAAAUAGCUGAGGAGAACUGGACUGUAGUUCAAGAACCUGAAGAAAGGAAAACAGAGGCGAAAGAGGAAGAAAAUAAAACAGAAGCAAUCGAAACUGAAGACACCAAGCAGAAAAGCACAGAAGAAGAGCAAAACAAGAAAGAAGAUAAUGCUGAAUCAGAUGGACAAUCUAAAGAAGAAGAGCAGGACAGUGUGUUCGGUUUAAAAGAUGAUGAAAUAAAGACAGAUGAUGAGGAUGACGACGAAGAGGCAAGCGACUUGCCGGUGCCUCCUCUAGAGGACGACUGUAUUUUGCAGAUGGGCCCCGAUUGCACCAUAGACCUGGUGAUGGUGUGUGAUCAGCCGAGAUGUAUGAAUGAAGACCUUUCGUUGUGCCCCCCCAAGUCUUCAGAUUUCUCCCAGCAGGCCCCUAUAAAAUCCCCACCGAGACCAUUAUCUAUCACGCUACCACCUCAGAAUCCCACAAUACUCCCCUUUCAGCCCCAUCCUCUACUUCCAGCUCCGGUCCCAGCACAGGCCCAGGUGGAGCCCCAGUGUUUGGGCAAACGGCCCUAUGGAAGCAGCCCUGCUGUCGACCCCCAGGCCAUGAGGCCCCUGGAGGUGACGCUACGACAGGUGUACACCACUCGCCAAUACACACGCUUCGCCAGCAGAGCGGCUCCUAUGCCUCUGGCCUCCGUCGGAGGAGAAACCAGCACUCAGGCUUUACCCCCCAUCAGCACUGAUGUCCCUCUAAUGCCUCCGAAGAAGAAAACACGCACCUUCUACAGCACAGAUCAGCUGGAGGAGCUGGAGCGUGUAUUUCAGGACGAUCACUACCCUGAUGGAGACAAGAGAAAGGAGAUUGCGGCCGCCAUCGGUGUUACGCCCCAGAGAAUCAUGGUGUGGUUUCAGAACCGUCGAGCCAAAUGGAGAAAAACGUCGAAAACCACAACAAAAAAGCCUUCUGCUAGUCGGGGUCAAACCUGUGUCCAGGUCAACAGGCCACCAAUUUUCACAGCUCCUUCUGUUGCAUCUCAAAAUCCCAAGCCUGGGAACACACUCCCCCCCUACAGUACCAUCCGGACCAGCCGCACCAGUCCACCAGGUCCAGCUUGUGUUGAUGUGGCACCUUGUGUGUCUCAAGGAGGUUUUCUGGAGUACAUGCCCCCUCCCAUGCACAGUCCUCCUCCGAUACGACGAGCCUCCUUGCCUCUCAUCACGGCAUACAACCCUUCCACACACACCGUGUCCCUUCUGCUGGACACACCUGAACACAGUGAGCCCAGCUCCGCUGACACAACACCGCUGAGUUUACAGACUGACACAGGGUUUGAUUAUGAAGGCAUGGGCACCUCUGUGAAGAUGGACUUCAUGACUUCUGCUUCACAGAACAGCACUUUAAAUUACCAGCUCAACACAUUUUCUCAACAGUCUAACACCUUGUUAACUCAGCAGACUAACAGUUUCCUCUCUCAGCAAACAAACACUCUGUUACCUCAACAAACUAGUUGUCUUAUGCCCCAACAGUCUAGCACACUGUUGCCCCAGUACUCCCACCUGUCGUACCUCACGCCCUCUCCUUACCUCACGCCGAACCCUACCGAGAGCAGCAGCGCCCCGUAUCUGCCCCUCACCAACAACACACUCCCCGCGUACACCAGCAGUGGACAUGCGUAUCUCCAUUCUCAAACCAGCAACCAGAUGCUGCUCCAGUCAGGAGUUCAUGCAUUUCAGGCCUACCCUUGGACUACUGACAUGUAUAGUCAGCCGGGUCCGUACACACAGGCGGUGUUUCGGCCACAGUUAUCAUCACAGGGUCACGAGAGUCAGUACACUCAACUCCUGCCCCAACAGCACUACGUUCAGCUCCAGGGAGCGCCGGCACAGCCCAGUCUUCCCAAACCCACCGCUGACCCCCUGCUGCCCAAUGUCAAGGUGGAGUCUGAGGAGACCAGUCAGCCAAUCAGAGGCAGCGAGGCGGAGCCUACCUUUCACUGCGAUUUCUCACCAAUCAACUUUUAACAGCAGGGCGCUGACUGAGAAGAUCCACUGACAGUAUUUUCAUUUCUUUAUAUGUUCGUCUUCUGUUUUUGCUGUGGUGUGCAAGGGCUAUUAAAAUGCUCUUUCUCUGAUGUUUUGCUGUGUUGGUUAUUAUGUAUGUGCACAAGAUUUAGUGGACUAGUGAACAGGAAUCAGGCAUAUGCACACGCAGUGAUGUAUAGGACGUUUUCAGGCCCUUUAUGUUUGGCCUACUAUUCAGUAAGGAAGUAUGCGAUUUCAGACGCAGCCAGAGAUUGAGGGUUAAAGCGUGAGAGCACCUGUAGAAGAGACUAGAAAUGGCCACAAGGGGACGCUGUUUUACAAGCGCACUGAUCUCAGACCUGUACACUCCUCUACAACACACUUCUGAGGCCUUUUUAAAAGUUUUUUUUUAUAAUUCAGUCCUCCUCUGACCUCCUCACCUCACCAUACUUUUUCUUCUCUUUCUCCAUAGAUUUACUCCGCUCCGCUCAGGUGCGAUUGAAUAAGGCCAGGAUAUAUUUUUUGUACACAGAACCAUUGAGAAGAUGCCAGAAACACUGCAUGAUCAUUACACCACAGCCUGCUCUUACGCAGUGUUAAUAUAACCAUCACACAUACGCAAAUGCAUGCUCUAGUUCCCUUCCACUUCCUGUUGCUUUCAGAUAUAGUGAGAUAAAAGUAAACGCCUGUGGCAUGUUUGU